UGAUAUGGAUUCAACCUCUUGAGCCCUCUUGUGCUGGCUUCCCAAGUGCACUAGCAGGGAGCUGGAUCUGAAGUGGAGUAUUUGGGACUCGAACCAUCAUUCCAAAAUGGUGUGCCAGCGUUGCUAGCAGCAACUUAACCUGCCAUGAGACAGUGCUGGCCAUGAUUUUUUCUUACAACAACUUUUGUGUAUUUUUCACUUUGUUUAUGUAUUCACAACUUCUGUGCAUAUUUCACCGGUGAAGCACAUUUAGUUAAUCCAGGUAUCUGCAUCACUAAUCACUUAAUGUAGGACUCUUAAAAGAAUUAGCAGGAAGGAUGGAAACCACAAAGGACUUGAGGAAAGUGGUACCACUUGAACAUUUUUAGAAAAUCACGGCUGUAUUGAGGAAAAUCUGGAAAAAAAAAACUCCUUUCAAGAGUUGAGUCUUCAGCAUCAUGAAGUUAGUGGUGUUCUUAGUAUAGCUUUUAUUUCAUUGUUCUUGUUAUUGAAACUUUAUGUACAAAAAACCCAGGUACCUCCAUGUCCUCCUCAGCCUGCUGUGAUGACAGUUAACUGAUGCUAGCCAUCUGCUCCUUUGGAAGAAUUCUAAGAAGUUUUGAGGAAGAUAUCAACUAGAGAUAAAAAUACCAGAAACAUAUCCAUUUAACCCCCCUAAGGUCCGGUUUAUCACUAAAAUAUGGCAUCCUAAUAUUAGUUCCGUCACAGGGGCCAUUUGUUUGGAUAUCCUGAAAGAUCAAUGGGCAGCUGCAAUGACUCUCCGCACGGUAUUGUUGUCCUUGCAAGCGCUAUUGGCAGCCGCAGAACCAGAUGACCCGCAAGAUGCAGUAGUAGCAAAUCAGUACAAGCAGAAUCCCGAAAUGUUCAAACAGACAGCUCGGCUGUGGGCGCACGUGUAUGCUGGAGCUCCGGUAUCGAGUCCAGAGUACACGAAAAAGAUAGAAAACCUCUGCGCUAUGGGCUUUGAUAGGAAUGCAGUAAUUGUGGCCUUGUCUUCAAAAUCAUGGGACGUAGAGACGGCGACAGAGCUGCUCCUGAGUAACUGAGGCCUCGGAGCUGCUGACCAGGCGAGCCGGCCCCUGCUCCAGGAACACCAACAUCUGUUAUUUUUAGGAUUCUGCAUAGAUUUCUUUUAAACUGGCAUUCUUGCCUAAUGAUGUUACCUAGGCACCAUUGGAGACUGAAAAAAAAAAUCCCUGCUCUGUAAAUAAAGCUAAUUAAACGUCUGUGUAAAUUUA